UUAGUCGGCUGAAAAGUGUUAUGGAAUACCUUAGAAUAUGGCUCGUUUUCUUUCCAUUUACUUCGUCUUGUUGAUGGUGUCAUAUCGGGAUGCUACGGAUGGAGAAACAGUACCCUUUGCUCCAGAGAACGUCAGAAUUCUGGAUGAAUACACCACAUUGUCCUCACUUCGGGUUGCCUGGGAUCACCCGACACCUUCACCUUCCGUGGAGCACUUCUAUCAAAUCCGAUACCGCACGGUGCUCUCAGCAAGCGCGUCAAUGGAUGUCGGAAGUGAUGCAACCACCUCGACGAUUUCAGGACUCGAAACGAAUACUCUGUACGUGAUUAAUGUUUUAUCAGCAGUUGAUGACGAGGAUGGUUACAUACAAUUUAGUACAAUUCUGGCUGAGAGCACUCUGUAUGGCAGAACUGGUGGUGCGCAGCCUGGGGACAUCUUCUUGCGGAAACUGACCAGUGACUCUUUGGAGUGUGAAUUCGAGCCUCUGCAAAGCAACGUUAUCCAUUACCUGAACUUUACAGUCGGUGACAGAUCAAAUCCUAGCGUCCGCUCCGUUAAUGAUCCUCAUUCGACUUGGGCCAUUUAUGGUCUCACACCUGGUGAAACUUACAGAAUGGUGCUCGGAGUAGAUGGAAUGACCGGACAAGAAAAAUGGGUCACCACAAUUCCCCUUCCUCCAGAAAAUGUUAGGGUAGUGAGCUACACACCAACCACGCUGACCAUAGCAUGGGAUCCACCUGCACAAGGGACUGGCGAUUCCCCACCAAUUGUCCACUCGUAUCAGGUUGAAGUCUUCCCAACCGAUAUCAUAGUAAAAGUCAACAGUACCGUUACCGAGGUCACAAUCGAAGAUCUGCAUUCAGGCUCUUCGUAUGGAAUAAGUGUAAAGUCACUCGCUGGUGUCAACGAAGCCGGAAACGAAGUUAAAAAGCAUCGGAUCUGUCAUCUUGGGGGAAACUGAUACUGACGAAUGUAUUUCAAACCCUUGCGGGGAAAAUGGCAAGUGCUUCAAUGUGCCAGGUCUCUACUUCUGUAUGUGUUAUGAAGGAUGGACAGGCUUUAAUUGUACUAUAGAUAUUGAGGAUUGCGUUCCGAAUCCUUGUGCUAAUGGAGGGACGUGUACGGAUGGAGUAAAUACUUUCUUCUGCGAUUGUGAUGCUGGCUAUACAGGGGAGCUCUGUGAUGGCGACGUAGAUGAAUGCCACUCGGAUCCAUGUGCUGGCAAUAGCGAAUGUCAUCAUGGGAUAGAUUUCUACUUUUGUAUCUGUUUAGAUGGAUGGACCGGCGACGACUGUGAUGAAAAUAUCGAUGAUUGUUUACCAGAUUCUUGUGAUAAUGGGGGCACGUGUAAAGAUGGGGUAAAUACGGUUAUAUGCCUCUGUCCUAGAGGUUAUACGGGUCAGCACUGCCAAACAGGUAUACACGAUGUCUGUGAUUU